GAAGAGUCUCUCCAGAUCAGAACACCAGAUGGACAACGCUAGCCCGCCCCCUUCCGCCCUCCUGGAGUCCCCGUGUCGUUUCUCUCCCGGUAGCACCUUACUGCUGGGUAUGAAGAGGUUGUCUGUGCUGCUGGUGGACUGCAGGAAAACAACGGGGCUGAGUGGAACUGUGAGAGGACGAGAAGAGAAGAAAGGAUCAGAUUUGACACAUCAAAGAGGAAAACCAAACAUGGAGGAAUCAAAGAUGUCUAAACCAGCAAGACGACGCCUCUGCUCCCAGAUUGGAAAGAGUUUUACCAAGUUAGGAAGCCUGAAAAGACAUGAGAGGACACACAAAGAACCGAAGCCACAAAAUUGCGCCCAGUGUGGAAAGAGUUUUAGCCACUUAGGAAAUUUGAAAGCUCAUGAGCGAACACACACAAGGGCGAGGCCUUUCCAUUGCUCCCAGUGUGGAAAGAGUUUUAAGCGGUUAGACACCCUCAAAACUCACAAGAAAAUACACACAGGGGAGAAGCCAUACCAUUGCGCCCAGUGUGGAAAGCGUUUUAUCCGGUCAGGAAGCCUGAAGGAACACAUGAGACUGCACACGGGGGAGAAGCCUUACUACUGCUCACAUUGUGGAAAGAGUUUUAACCAUUUAGUUAGCAUGAAAAGACAUGAGAGGAUACACACAGGAGCGAAGCCACACCCUUGCUCUCAGUGUGGGAAGAGUUUUAAGCGCUUAGACACCUUCAAAGCUCAUCAGCGCAUACACACGGGAGACACCAUACCAUUGCGCCCAGUGUGGAAAUAGUUUUGGCCUUUUAGAAAGCCUGAGAGUUCAUGAGCGAAUACACACAGGGGAGAAGCCUUACCGCUGCUCCCAGUGUUCAAAGUGUUUUACCCAUUUAGGAAGCCUGUAAGAACACAUGAGACUGCGCACAGAGGAGAAGCCUUAAAAAUGUUCAGACUGUGGGAAAACAUAUUACUCAUCACAGUCACUUAAACGUCAUGUGAGAAUCCACACAGGAGAGAAUACUUAUCCUACUGUGUGAACUCAUAUUUCACAUCACAUUGACUUAAAAUUAAUUAGAAAACAGUCACAGUGCUCCCAUGUCUUAUAUUGUUGACUGAUAAUGUGUUUACCUGUUUUACCAUAUGAAAUUGAA